AUGCCUGUUCGACGUGGACACGUUGCACCUCAGAAUACAUUUCUGGACACCAUCAUCCGAAAAUUCGAUGGUCAAAAUCGCAAAUUCAUCAUUGCCAAUGCUCGGGUGGAGAACUGCGCUAUCAUCUUCUGCAAUGACGCCUUCUGUGGCAUGUGCGGCUACAGCCGUGCCGAGGUGAUGCAGAAGCCCUGCACCUGCAGCUUCCUAUAUGGGCCUCACACAGGGCGGCCGGCCGUGGCGCAAAUGGCCAAAGCGCUGUUGGGCUCAGAGGAGAGAAAGGUGGAGAUCGCACUUUACAGGAAAGAUGGUGAAUGCUUUCCCUGCUUCGUGGAUGUGGUCCCGGUCAAGAAUGAAGAAGGCCUGGUGAUCAUGUUUAUCCUGAACUUUGAGCUUGCUGACCAGCCUGACCCCCCAGUGAAUUCUACCCCCAACACAGAGCUCAACCACAAGCAGCCAGUUCCAUGGCUCUCCAUUGGUCGGCGGGGCGGGUUCCGGCUGCGCUUGCCUCUGCUGCGCUCCAUGAGUGGCAGCAAGCACUCGCUGCAGAGCGACACGGAGUUCGGCCUGCCCACCAUGGGGCGUGAGUCGGUGGCCCUGGACAAGCUCAUGUCCCUCCAAGAGCACCAGGAGCUGGUGGCCCCUCCGCCACCUCUGCUCUUAUGGGAGGAGGCGUCCCAAAGCGCCUCCAGGGCUCCCCAGCAUCGGCCGCAACAUCAGCGGCACCAACCACAGCAGCAUCAGCGUCAGAAUCAGCAGCAGCAUCAGCAGCAGAAUCAGAAUCAGCAGCAGCAUCAGCAUCAGCAGCAGCAUCAGCAUCAACACCAUCAGCAGCAUCAGCAUCAUCAAAAGCAGCGGCAGCCCCACCCCCCAGGCCUGCGCGCCGGCCUCUCCCAGGGCCUCUCCCGAUCCUCCCCGCGGCUGGACACGCAGCGACCCUCGGUCCUGCCGUCCAGCUGCGAGAGUCUGUGCAGCCUGCAGCCCGUGCGCUCGCCCCGCCACUUCACCUGGGACGGCAGGCUGACCUCGCGGCCCGGCAACACAGGUGGUGUGACCAAUAAAGUGGGCAUGCAGAACUCCACCUCGGACUCCGACCUGAUCCGCCGCCGCUCCUUCAGCAGGAGCCUGAGCUUUGGCGACUCCAAGACGGACCCCUACCUCACCCACCCGCCCGGCGAGAUCGACAUCAUCGCCCCUUGCAAACUCAUAGACCGCACCCACAACGUCACCGACAAGGUCACCCAGGUCCUCUCCCUGGGUGCAGACGUGCUACCAGAAUACAAGCUGCAGGCCCCACGCAUCCACAAAUGGACCAUCCUGCACUACAGCCCCUUCAAGGCGGUGUGGGACUGGGUGAUCCUGCUGCUGGUCAUCUACACGGCCAUCUUCACGCCCUACUCGGCGGCCUUCCUGCUGAGCGACGAGGAGGAGGCCGCCAUGCAGCGCUGCGGCUACUCCUGCAGCCCGCUCAACGUGGUCGACCUCAUCGUGGACAUCCUCUUCAUCCUGGACAUCAUCAUCAACUUCCGCACCACGUACGUCAACAACAACGACGAGGUGGUGAGCCACCCGGUUCGCAUCGCCGUGCACUACUUCAAGGGCUGGUUUCUUAUCGACCUGGUGGCGGCCAUCCCCUUCGACCUGCUCAUCUACCGCUCAGGGGAAGAGACUACAACUCUUAUCGGGCUGCUGAAAACGGCCCGGUUGCUGCGGCUGGUGCGAGUGGCCCGUAAGCUUGACCGUUACUCCGAGUACGGCGCGGCCGUGCUCUUCCUGCUCAUGUGCACCUUCGCGCUGAUCGCCCACUGGCUGGCCUGCAUCUGGUACGCCAUCGGCAACGUGGAGCGGAACGGCGCCGCGCGCAUCGGCUGGUUGGACACGCUGGGCGACUCGCUGGGGAAGCCGUACAACCACAGCAUUCCGGGCUCGGGCCCGUCCAUCAAGGACAAGUACGUGACGGCGCUCUACUUCACCUUCAGCAGCUUGACCAGCGUGGGCUUCGGCAACGUCUCGCCCAACACCAACUCCGAGAAGAUCUUCUCCAUCUGCGUCAUGCUCAUUGGCUCGCUGAUGUACGCCAGCAUCUUCGGGAACGUGUCGGCCAUCAUCCAGCGGCUUUACUCCGGAACAGCGCGGUACCACGCCCAGAUGAUGAGGGUGCGAGAGUUCAUCCGCUUCCACCAGAUCCCCAACCCACUGCGCCAGAGGCUGGAGGAGUACUUCCAGCACGCCUGGUCCUACACCAACGGCAUAGACAUGAAUGCAGUGCUGAAGGGCUUCCCUGAAUGCCUGCAGGCCGACAUCUGCCUGCACUUGAACCGCACGCUGCUGCAGAACUGCAAGGCUUUCAAGGGCUCCACCAAGGGCUGCCUGCGCGCUCUGGCCAUGAGGUUCAAGACCACCCACGCUCCCCCGGGGGACACGCUGGUCCACGCCGGCGACGUCAUCUCCGCGCUCUACUUCAUCUCGCGCGGCUCCAUCGAAAUCCUCCGUGACGACGUGGUGGUGGCCAUUCUGGGGAAGAAUGACAUCUUUGGGGAGCCCAUCAACCUGUACACCAGACCGGGGAAGUCUACUGCAGACGUCCGAGCGCUGACCUACUGCGACCUGCACAAGAUCCAGAGGGAGGAUGUCCAGGAUGUUCUGGAUAUGUACCCAGAGUUCUCAGACUGUUUCUGGAGCAACCUGGAAAUCACUUUUAACUUGCGUGAUACCAACAUGGUUGUGAGUUCAGGAAGCAGUGAUGACUCAGACAGCAACAGCCCCACUCACAACUAUAGCAGGAAUAAGUAUUCCUAUUAUAGCAAGAAUGGCAAAGCAUCAGAUCCGAGCAGCACGGGGGCUUCUCCACAGUCUCAAAGAAACACUCACCAUGCGGCCCGUCACGACCCCCCGAGCCCCGGAGACGAGCCGCAGCCCCAGGUCAAAGGGCACGGUGGGCCCAGCUCUUUUGCUCACGGCUCCAGCAGCGACGAUGAGGACGAGGAGGAAGAGGAGUCCGUGUUGACGUUCCCCUCCCAGAGCCAGUCCACUCCACUGACCAUGAAUGACCCUGCGGAGCUGGAGAAGGAGAAGAGCAGCAACAGCUGCAACGCCCUGUCAGGUGCUUUCUCAGGGGUGUCCAACAUCUUCAGCUUCUGGGGGGAGAACCACAGCCCGCAGUACCAGGAGGUUCCCAGCCGCAGCCUGACCGCGCCGCCCGCCCCUCCGUCCAGCGCCCUCCUGCCCGGCUUCACGCGUCGCCAGUGCAGCGAGGUGGAGAACCGGCUGGAGCUGCUGCAGCGUCAGCUCAACAGGCUGGAAACUCGCAUGUCAACAGACAUUGGGGCCAUCAUGCAGCUGCUGCAGAGACAGAUGGCUGUAGUUCCCCCCUCAUACAGCUCAGUGUUAUCACCAUCUCAGACCCCGGGCACCCCGGCCACCCCUCCCACACUGGACCAGAGUGUGAUGCACUCUGUCCCUGUGCCGGACACAGAGACACAGGUUUUAGCACAGCAAGAUUUCCAUGGGAGGUCUUCUAAUCCUUCUGAUGUUGGUGCAAUAUUGCAACUACAGACGCCUGUACUUCCUCCUCAAGAUCUACCAAAGAAUCAGGCCCUGUACCACAGCAUCUUUGGAGUCCACCAAGAGAGUGAUAUUAACUUGAACCGUGUGGAUCCAACACCAGACAUCAAUUCAGAUAGUAUAUCAAUAAAUGUAUACAACCCUAUGGAGAGCCAAGCCCAAAACCUAGCUAAUGACUCGGAGCAUAUACCCAUGGACUGCUACGCUUUUGGCCCCCAGGCAGAAUUGGGGUCAGAGACAAGGUCAGCCUGCUCUAGCCAGUCCGGAUAUCUAAGGCGGCUCUCUUUGCCCGGUCAGCAGUCUGUCCUGGAUGACCCCAGUGGCCCUCAGAGGCACGCCUCGGACCCAGGGAGCUAGGGAUGGAUCGAGGAUGGAUCUGUCGGGCAUCUCACUAUUUUGGGCAUAUCUGUGGAAACUAAAGCCAUCAACGAGAGUGUUUACUGAUCACAAUGUGUGUUAGCCAUAUGUUGUUCUGAAUGCAGGACAGAGUCGCUGCUGACACUGAUGGCCCUGUGUGAGUGGAGCUAGUCUCGUGGUGUCAGAUGUACAGUAGGUGUUAGCAGGUCUAACACAAUCAAAGUGUUGUGUUUGUGAUGUAAUUUAAUCUCAUGAUAGCCGUGUUUUAAUUGUCAUUAUUUAGUCGGGUGUUUUGAUGCUGUAUGAAGAACAUAUCCCAUUCACAUUUUGUCCUGUGAAUGGAUCAAUGCAACAAGCUACAAGGCCAGCCUUGUGAACUCUUCCAUUGUCUCUGAAAACUAAUGUGAUAACUUUUAUUGGUAUGUCAUCCCGCACAGAAAGUUCUAUCAUUUCAAAGUAUCAGAGGGUACAUUCACACUGUAUUUUCCAUCAGUUUAAAAUGAGAAAUGUGAGUAAAGUGGAAAUUUCUUAACAUGUGUCUGAUUUAGACAACAACCUCUCUUAUGAUUCUCUUAUGAUUCAGUUGUUGACAAAAAAAACAUACUGAGAAAAUAAUGUAAAUAUGCGUAAAAGGCCACCAUUAGAGUGAUUGAAUUGUACAUUUGACCAAAGCUAAAUAUAUAGUAUAAUAUUAUAUGAAUAGCAUUGUUUAGAGGACACACUCUAACAUUGCAAACAUAAAAGUUUCUUGAGAAAAUAUACUGUUAUGAUAAAGUUGUACAUGUGUCAUAGAAUGUUAUGCAAUAUAUGGUAUAAGUAGAGUAUUUAUUGAUUAAAUAGAAUGUAGAUAACAAAUUUAAAUUGGUAACAAUAACUUAUUUGCAUCCUUGAAAUAAAUGAAAUUAUGAACAUGAUUUUCUUGUAAUGUGUAUGAUUUUAUGAAUUAUCCUAAUUCCAAAAUAGAUAUCCGUUACAGUUAGAUAUUGUGAUUUGGACAAGGAAUUUUCU